CCAUUUCCCCUCCCCGCCUCCAGCCAUCCUCGAUCCGGCGGGUGGCGUGGUGGUUUCGGCAAUGCGUGUGGUCAAUGUGAUAUGCGAUUGGCAUUCCAAUGGUCAAAAUAAGAGUACAGAUACCGGUAACUUUGAUGAUCGAUCCUGCUACGGUACCGGAAGCACACCAUACCCUACUACUACCUGGCCCCGGUAGUGUAUUACUGAGGUAUAUACCCGAGUCUGCCCUGACCCAGUGGCUUCCAGCCAGGACGCCCCGCGUCCGCCAGUGCCGCCACAAGCCAGUCUGAACCUUGAACCUUGAAGCUGCUGCCCUGGAUCGGUAACGGCCACGAUCAAAGCACCAUCACCUUGGAUUCGCAGUUGCCUCUGCCAUCCG